AAUUUUCUUCACCUUUUCUUUAUUUCAGUCAUCAAUAAAAAAAAAAGGGAAUAAAAAAAUGUGUUGGGUCUUCUUAUGUGAUGAAGAGGAGAAAGAAUUGGGUAGGCAACAAGCUCCUGGAUCAUGUCCCUACUGUGGAGGAAAAGUUCUAGCCAUGGAUGUUGAAAGAAAAUGGAGUUUCUGCUUUCUACCCAUUUGUUACAAGAUCAAGAGAAAGUACUUUUGCUCUUUAUGUGCCAGGAGAUUGGAAUUAUAUCACUAGAAAACCAGGGAAUUCAAGCUGGGAAGCUGCCAAACAAAGAAACUAGAAGCUUCAAUGGUGAUAAUUUCAAGAUUUUGUUUUCUUCUUCUUCUUCUUCUUCUUAUUUAUCUUUUUUGAAUUUUCUGUUCGUGUAAUGCUGUAAAGAUCUUAGUUAAACUUUUCACAUACCCAUUUAAAGAAACUUCAAUUUCUUGGUUUCCUCUGGGUUUUUGUUUAAAAUUGAUUAUUGAUAAAAAAAUUAUGUAAGUUUUGGAUCUCCUGGGUGAAGAAAUUAAACAUGGAUCUGAGAUGGGUAUUGCUUAGUGUC